AUGAGAUUAUUUGGUUUAAGAUCUCAUCAAUCUCCUAUUACUUAUAUUUUACCUAUCAAUUCAAAUACAAUCUAUACAUCAGAUCAAAAUGGUUUUAUCAUAAAAUGGGAUUUAUCAAUUAAAAGACCAAUUUUAAAAUGGAAAGCUCAUAAUGAUUCAAUAUUAACUUUAAUUAAUUUCCAAAAUAAAUAUUUAAUAAGUCAUUCAAGAGAUUCUACUAUAAAAAUAUGGUUAAAUGAUAAGUGUGAAUUUGAAUUUCCUUCAAAUAGUUUAAAUUUUUCAAAUAUUUUAUUAUAUGAUGAUCAAUAUUUAAUAACUCCUGCAACUAUUGAUUCAAAUAAUUUAGAUAUUUAUAGAAUACAACUAGAUUCAGAUAGUGAAUGGCAAUUAACUAGAGUUGUUACCAAUUUUUCUUGUUAUCAACUUUCAAAUAAAAAUGAAAUUUUAUCAGAUGAAGAUUCAAUGAAAGGUCGUAAAGAUUUUGGAAUAAUUAUGAAAUUUUAUUUACUUAAUUCAAUUAUUUAUAUUGGAUUUGAAUCAGGUGAUAUAAUUGGGUUGAAAAUGAUAUUACCAGAUUCAAAGAUUUUGAGGGAAUCAAAUUCAACAACUAUAAUUAAUAAAGAUUUAAAAUUAGAAUUAGUAUAUCAUAAUUCAACUCAUUCACCAAAUCCAGUAAUAUCAUUAUCAUCAACUGAUAACUACUUGGUUUCUGGAUCAACAGGUAAAAAAUUAAUAAUUCAUAAAUCUCCAAUUGAAAUUUUAAAAUUUUCAAAUUCAGGUAUUCAAUCAAUAUUGUCUUUUAAUAAUCAAUUAAUAAUUGGAUUUUGGAAUGGUUUAAUUGAAUAUGGAAAUGAAAUAAUUGAAAGAAAUUUACCACAAUUGAAAAAUGAAGAAUUAACGACUACACCUACUAGUGAUGUUCCAUUAAAGACUAAUAUUAAACUUACAUUUAUGAGUUUACUAAUCGUUGAAAAUGAAUCUGAAGAAAUUGAAGACGAUAAAAAGAAGAAAUAUUCUUCUAUGAUUAAACGUAGGCAACAAAAUAAUAUUUUAUUUGUUGGGUAUGAAGAUGGUUCCAUCUUAGCUUAUGCAAUAAAGUGA